UUGCAGAGGACUGCAGCUGAGGGCUUACGGAGUAUGGAUUGAGCAUCACACUAAAAGCCAUCCUGGGAAAAGGGACUGAAGGAUGUAAACUGAAAAUUUUAAAGUUCUGCUUUGUUUUCCGCAAAUUGCUGAAGAUUCAGAUAGAUAUUUGCAUGUAAGUGAUGUGGUUCAAUUUAAUCUACUAAGACAAAUCACAGCAUUGAAGACAACGUCUUUUUCCCCUAAUCCGUUUUCCCUGGCAUGCUGUUUAUGUUUCAAAAGACACCCACAGAAGACAUCGUGAUCGCAGUGUUAGUUGCACCCACCGGCAUCCUUUUUGGUUUUUUCGAAGAGAUGGUCCUGGUCUUCCAGUUGAUCUUUUUCGCCUAUAUCUGGAUCACAUUGAUACCAAAUUCUUGUGCUGCUUCUAACAUCAAGAUGACACAGCAGCGGUGCUCCUCUUCAAUGAAACAAACCUGCAAACAAGAAACUAGAAUGAAGAAAGAUGACAGUACCGAAGUGUGGCCUCAGAAAUAUGAGCAACUUCUCCAUAUAGAGGACAACGAUUUUGCAAUGAGACCUGGAUUUGGAGGGUCCCCAGUGCCAGUAGGUAUAGAUGUCCAUGUUGAAAGCAUUGACAGCAUUUCAGAGACUAACAUGGACUUCACAAUGACUUUUUAUCUCAGGCAUUACUGGAAAGACGAGAGGCUCUCCUUUCCUAGCGCAGUAAACAAAAGCAUGACAUUUGAUCAUAGAUUGAUCCGAAAGAUCUGGGUGCCUGAUAUCUUUUUUGUCCACUCUAAAAGAUCCUUCAUCCAUGAUACAACUAUGGAGAAUAUCAUGCUGCGUGUACACCCUGAUGGAAACGUCCUCCUGAGUCUCAGGAUAACGGUUUCUGCCAUGUGCUUUAUGGAUUUCAGCAGGUUUCCUCUUGACACUCAAAAUUGUUCUCUUGAACUGGAAAGCUAUGCCUACAAUGAGGACGACCUAAUGCUGUAUUGGAAACACGGAAACAAGUCCUUAAAUACUGAAGAUCAUAUUUCCCUUUCUCAGUUCUUCAUUGAAGAGUUCAGUGCAUCGAGUGGAUUAGCUUUCUAUAGCAGCACAGGUUGGUACAAUAGGCUUUUCAUCAACUUUGUGCUAAGGAGGCAUAUGUUCUUCUUUGUGCUGCAAACCUAUUUCCCAGCCAUAUUGAUGGUGAUGCUUUCGUGGGUUUCAUUUUGGAUUGACCGAAGAGCUGUUCCUGCAAGAGUUUCCCUGGGAAUCACCACAGUGCUGACUAUGUCCACGAUCAUCACGGCCGUGGGCGCCUCCAUGCCCCAGGUGUCCUACCUCAAGGCAGUGGAUGUGUACCUCUGGGUCAGCUCCCUCUUCGUGUUUCUGUCAGUCAUUGAGUACGCAGCUGUGAACUUCCUCACUACAGCGGAGGAGCGGAAACAAUUCAAGAAGACAGGGAAGGCUCUGGACACCACCAUUCUAAUCAUCUUCAAUUAUCUCAAAGAAAUGCAGUUAUCUCAAAGGAAUGUCCUAUUUGCCAUUCAUAUCUUUGUGGUACAAAACGAAGAAAUGAUUGAAGUCAGAACCGCCGCGCGCUCAGCUGCCCCCGCCCCUAGGCUCCGCGCGCUCGGCCGCCCCGCCCCUAGCCGCCGCGCGCUCAGCCGCCCCGCCCCCGGCCGCCCCGCCCCUAGCCGCCGCGCGCUCAGCUGCCCCCGCCCCUAG